GGGGUAAAGCUGUCAAACGGAUCACAACAAAACAAAAAAAAUAUCGCAAGCUUAAAAAAAGUUGAGUUUUUUAGAUUUUCGUGAAAAUUUCACAAAAACUCACCCAAAAUGGGUGGUGGCGACUUGAACACGAAAAAAUCAUGGCACCCGAGCACGUUCAAGAACCAGGAGCGCGUCUGGAAGGCGGAACAGGCGGACGCCGCGGAAAAGCGCAAACUGGCCGAGCUGCAGCACGAAAUCAAUGAGGAGCGCAAUCGGGAGGAGCUGAAGACGAUCGCCAAAAAGUCGGGCCUGCUGCCGGACGAUGGCAGCGGAGACCGCAAGCUGGAGUGGAUGUACAAGGGACCGGCCGUUAACCGGGAGGAGUAUCUGCUGGGGCGGACCGUGGACAAAACUUUUGAGACGAUGGACGCCCAGGAGAAGGCCUCGGCAGCGGCGUCCGGAUCUGGGGUGGGAAUUUCCCAGCCGAAGAACCACGUCGAGCACGAGUGCAUUCCGUUCUCGAUCCGGCAGUACAAGGGGCUGGAGGGCACGGAACAAGUGGAUAUGGUUCGGAAGUUGAUGGAGGACCCGCUGAUGCAGAUCAAGCAGAAGGAGGUCGAGAGCCGGCAGAAGAUUCUGGAGAAUCCGGUCAAGCUGAAGGAGCUGCACCGGCUGCUGAAAAGUGACCAGUCGAUCCGGGGGAAGGACCGAGAGCGGGACCGGAAGGGUGGCAAGAAGAAGGACAAAAAGGAUAAGAAGAAGAAAUCGAAGAAAAAGCGAAAGGGAUCUGAGUCUUCCGACGGUUCCGACGAUUCCGGAGGAGGAGAUUUGGAUAAGAUACUAGCAGAAAAGUACAAAAAGGUUCAAAACUCAAUGGAAAAGCAGGAGGAGGUCAGUCUGGACAAGCUGCUAUCGAUGAAGUAUCAGAAACUGUCCAAAGAGUUGAACAAGAUGGCCAAACCGAAAAAGUCCAAGAAGAAAAAGGACCGCCGUCGAAGUCGCUCCUCGGAAGACUCCGAAUCGGACUCGGAUUCCGACGGAAGAGAACCUGCCAAGCGGAGACGCGACUCUUCUCGGGAUCGAAACCGUCCUGGGCCGUCGAGGGUGCGGGAACGAUCGAUAAGCCGUGAUCGUCACCGUCGAAAUCGCUCAAAAAGUCCCAAAAGAAGGGAAGAACGCAAGCGUUCUCGCAGCCCUGCAAAACCUUCCCGAGAACCUGCUCCCCGCGGUCGGCGAACUCCCGUUCCGAGCAGCUCGUCCGAGUCGUCACCGGAACCGACCCACCGUAGACGGAACGACUCCGACGACGAAGAUGAACGCCGUCCAAAACCCAAAAACUUUGGCCUCGUGUCCGCUUCCGGGAAGAAACUCGAGCUGAACAAGCGGGACGAAGUGCGCCUCUACAAGCGGGAGGAAAUAAAGGCGCACCAGUCGAGCCAGAAGCCAACGUGGACGCGGCCGGAACGGAAGGCAGCGCCACUGACGGAGGAGGAAAUGGAAGCGAAGCGGCGGGCCAUGAUGAGCAACGCCGAGUGGCGCGAUCGCGAACGUCAGCAGAACGUGAAGCGGUACGACGACGAGGACCGGAAGCUGGAGGAACGCGACGGGCCGAAACGCUACGACAAGGACUUUGUCAUGAAGCAGUUUAAGCACGCGGCGAAUAACGAGACCGUCGAGAAGCGGAUCAAGUCGAACAGGAAUAAUAUUCAGCGCAGUGGCGGAUCGAUGAAUGAUAAUUUUGCGAGGAGAUAGAGGGAGAGAGGCGAGGGAAUGUAUUGGGACUCGA